GUCGCCGGCUCGCCGCCCCUCUCUUCACGCGGUUCGACGCCGUUCGCCACGGUCGCCAUCUCCGCCGCCGCCGCCGGAAACUUGGCAUCUUCGCCGAUCUCGUUCUCCCCUUUUCCCACCCAGGAGGCAACAUGUCGUCGCUCGCUGCGGCGAGAGCGGAUAACUUCUACUACCCGCCGGAAUGGAGCCCCAAGAAGGGUGGGUUGAACAAGUUCCAUGGACAGCAUGCGCUCAGGGAGCGGGCGAGGAAGCUCGACCAGGGCAUCCUGAUUAUAAGAUUUGAGAUGCCUUUUAACAUUUGGUGUGGUGGAUGCAAUUCCAUGAUAGCGAAGGGAGUAAGAUUUAAUGCUGAGAAGAAACAAGUUGGAAAUUAUUACUCUACCAAGAUAUGGAGCUUCACCAUGAAAUCACCCUGCUGCAAGCAUGAAAUUGUCAUACAGACAGACCCAAAGAAUACUGAAUAUGUCAUAAUCAGUGGGGCCCAAAAGAAAACAGAAGAUUUUGAUGUUGAGGACGCAGAGACAUUGCUGCUGCCAGCAGAUGAAGAUCGAGACAAGCUUGCGGAUCCUAUGUAUCGGCUUGAACACCAGGAAGAGGAUCUUCGGAAGAAAAAAGAAGCUGAGCCAGUUUUAGUUCGCCUUCAACGACUCUCUGACAGCCGUCACUCUGAUGAUUAUGCUCUGAACAGAGCACUGCGCGACCGUCUUAGGAGCCAAAAAAAGAGAGUUGCUGAAGAGAAGAAGUCCGCGAGAAAGAUGGGCCUCGGAGUGCGGCUCUUGCCUCCCUCUGCAGCUGAUGCCGCCGCGGCGGCUUCAGUGAAGUUUGCAUCAAGAUUUGAGAAGAACAGAAAGGACAAGAGAGCAGCUAUCAAAGCUGCUUCCAUCUUCCCUGAGUCAUCGAGCUCAGCAUCAAAUUGUAAACUCGACCUCGUGCUGAAGAGGCGGAACAUAAAAGCUGGCGCGGCCACCACACUGAUGGCAGGCAGGGUGAAGCCAUCCUCCUGGCAGAGCGCCAGUUCCGCGAGCUCAAGGACCCGGAUGCCGGUUCUGGCAGCGCGCAAGUAGGCAGCCCAGGCUUUCAAGCUUGAGAAAUACUUGCACUGUGCGGGAAGUAGCUGCCUGGUUCUAUAUGAAUUAUGAUGGAAUGUACGUGUUAUAGCUUUUAAUGUUACUAUGGUUUUUUGGUUGUAUCAUGGUAGUAUACCUAAAGGAUUGUGUAGGGUCAGGAACGAACGUGUAAAGUAAUGUUACCAUUGUUUUGGUUUUUUUGUGACACAGUUGUCAUUGUUUUUUGCUGUAUACUGGUUGGGACUUGAGAUUACCUGGUAA